ACUACAGCUCCCGGAGCGCCCCGCGCCGUUCCCAUGGCGACGGGCAGCCGGGCCCGGGCGGACAGCGGCGAUGCCCAAGGCCGGCGAUACUCUGUGGGAUAUUGCUAGAGAUGAAGUGGAGAAGAGAGAAAACUCCGGCCACGAUGGCGAGCGUGUGGAAGUUUGGGAAAAAUCAGUGUUGUUUAUGGGAAGCAAAAACGGGGGGAAGACUACUAUCAUACUGAGGUGUCUUGAGAGGGAAGAGAUUCCAAAGCCAACGUUAGUUUUGGAAUAUACCUUUGGGAGAAGAGCAAGGAGACACAAUGCACCCAAAGAUAUAGCUCAUUUUUGGGAAAUAGGAGGUGGAACUUCGUUACAGGAACUGAUUCGAAUACCAAUCACUGUCAACAACAUAAGGUCAUUUGCAGUAGUUCUCGUAUUGGAUCUAUCCAAACCUAAUGAACUCUGGAUGACUAUGGAGAAUCUUCUGCAGGCCACCAGGAACCACGUGAAUAAAAUUUUAGCCAAACUGGAAAAGACAGAUCAUGAAGUAGCUGCUGAAAUUAAGCAGAAGAUGCAGAACAAUCUACAGAGGGAUCAUCCAGAUUAUGACUUGGUUGACCCUUUUCCAAUACCCUUGGUGAUUAUUGGAAGCAAAUACGAUAUAUUUCAUGAGUUUGACUCUGAAAUGAGGAAAAUAAUAAGCAGGACACUUCGAUUUGUUUCGCAUUAUUAUGGAGCAUCACUGGUGUUUACCAGUAAAUCUGAGGCUCUCCUGCUGAAAGCUCGUGCUCUUAUUAAUCACUUGGCAUUUGGCUACGAUAGAAGCAAGUCCGUAUCAGUGGAUCACAGCAAACCACUAUUUAUCCCAGCAGGCCUGGAUUCACUGAGCCAAAUAGGGCCACCACCCACCUCUGACAGCAACAUUGGAAAGUUGCGUGCAAACACACCUUUAGAACUGUGGAAAAAGGUGUUUGAGAAGACAUUUCCUCCUAAGAGUUUCAGUGGCUUACAAGAUAGCAAGGACCCUGCACAGGACUCACAAUAUGCUGAAUACGAAGUUGAUGUCAUGAGAGCUCAGAAAAACCAGGAACUUGAACAAUACAAAAGAAAUGCCUCCAAAUCCUGGAAAGAAAUGGAUUUUGAUCCUGAUUGAUGAACUGCUGAAGGCGUCCUCAGUUUCACGUUUGCAAGAUUUGAACAUGAAGGUGGCAUCAGUCAGUCCUAUCUGUUUUAUAAUUUGUAACAAAUUACUCAAUGUAUUUUUGAACGAUACUGCCUAAAUCAUGUGUGUAAAUGCAUACAAGUUUUCACACUCAAAGUUUGAGUGCAACUGCAAGCUUAAGUACACCAGGCAUCUUCAAAUCCAAAGCUUAACAAUGCAUUUCCCUCAUAAUUUGACCUAUUUGAAUAGUUCCAGAAAAAUGUGCAGAACAAAGUAGAAUUAAAAACAAUUUUGACCUGAUCUAAAAUUCGUAAGUCUUCUUUAUCUCAGCUUCAGUAUCAUAAGGUUUGAUUCUUCCUCUGCAGUGUUUCAAUACCUUUUCACAGAAUUCAAAACAAAACAUUUCUGUCAAACAUUCUAAUGAAGAAGUCAUUGUAAUAAAUUUGAAAAAUAUUUGGUUCAGAGUGGAAGUUUAAUUAAUUCUCAUUCAACCUAAGCUAGAAAAAUGCUGGCCUAAAUAUACACAGCUUUUUGUACAUGGACUUCCUCACUGCAGUCAGCUGGGCUGAGUCUUCUGAGAAUAAGCAAGACAAGAUCUGCGUUAAAGCCAGAGAUGGCUCUUGAAAGCUAAGACUUGUAGACCUGCCUAAACAGGCACUUGGCAGACCAGAAUGCAAGAAUAUUCCCUGAUGAACAACUCUCUAUGUGGGCAUAAAAAUGGCAAAGACAAAUUAACCUAGUAUCAUUCCAUCCUUUUAGAUAUAUUUUUUUCAUGUAUUUCUUUAUUGAAUUUUUUGUUCGUGUAACUUUUGUAUCUGAGAAUAUUAUACAUAAAGAUAAUUAGAAGAAAAUCUUGGCCUCACAGUUAAGUGAAAAGCUUGCAUUAACUUGAGGAUUCCAUACUUGUUGUUAAAAUGUGUGUUAUCUUAAAACUGUAAAAUUAAACUAAUUAUUUUACUAUGGAAUUUUAAGGUACAAGUAUACUUAAUUCUGCAAUAAAUAAUUUAUUCAAUGAAUAUGAAA